AUGGAUGCAUCCCUUGACAUGGAGGCUGCCCCCAUGAGGGCUCCAGCAUGCAACCUGGAUGGGAACUGGCACUACCAAUUCCGCAUCAUUCUGCUGGGCGAUUCCACUGUGGGUAAAACCUCUCUGUUGAGGAGCUACACUGAGAGGGGCUUCCUACCGGAUCCGUGCCCCACUGUGGGCGUGGAGUUCUACAGCAAGAUUAUGGAGCUACCACCAGGCAUCAAGGUGAAGCUACAGCUGUGGGACACAGCUGGUCAAGAAAGGUUCAGAUCCAUCACCAGGUCUUUCUAUCGGAAUGCGGUGGGGGUGUUCUUGGUCUUUGAUAUGACCAAUCGUAGAUCCUUUGAGAACAUCUUUGAGUGGCACAAUGAAGUGACUACUGCCCAGAUAAUGGAGAAAGUAAUUUUCCUCCUAAUUGGACACAAAAGUGACCUUCAGUCAGAGUACAGAGUCUCCAUUGAGGAAGCUGAAGGGAUGGCCACUUGUCUGGGAACCCGCUUCAUUGGAACCUCGGCAAAGGAGAACAUGAAUGUGGAUUUGGCUUUUGAUACCAUGACCAAUGCCAUUUAUGAGGCUCUGAGAAACAAAGAAAUUGACCUGCAAGAAGGAUGGGACGGCAUCAAGAGUGGCUUGACAUCACUUCUGGGUUUCUCCCAGAACUAA